AUGAAUAAACCUAUUUCGUUUUGGUGGUAUUUGUUUAAUAUUCGAUUGCAAUUAUGAUUGUACAUACAAUCUACAAUGCUGAAUUAAAAAAAGUUGGCCGUCAUGUGUUUUUUUUCUUCCACUUCUCUAAUACCUUUCAAAUUCGAAUGUGUUGGAAUGAAUAAACUAUUAUUAAAAGCUUAGUUCAUAAAUAUGUUACACAAAUGUUAAACUAUGAUAGUUCUUCUUAAGUAAAACUCAAAAUACAUAUUUACAUGAUAAUUACUUAAAGUGUUUAUAGUUUUCCUAACUUCGCCUUGACGUUUUUUGAAUAGAAGACUAACUAUUACCUAAAUUUUAGAUAGCAUGUGCCAUUCUACAACUUUUGUCUAAAAGUGAACCUAUUAUUUUCUUAAUCUUAAUCCACAAAUCCUCUUUAUGAUGACAUAACUCCAUAAGUUCCCUUCCCUUCUCUUGCAUUAUUCACCAAGACCAAUGACAUCCCACUACACGUGGAGAAGAUGAAUAAUUGAUGGCAACAAAUGUCACUCUAUUAGCUCCAUAACCUUUUCUCUUUUCCAUUGUUGUUCUCAGUGUUGUCAUUGUUCUGCUUCCUUUGAUACUUUUAAUCUACAAUUGCAGAUUGCAACUCUACUCCCAUGCAGUUCUCUUUUAAUCACUUCUAAGUCUCCCUACCUUCAAAAAAUUAGUAGCUUACCCUUAUCUCUUUUAUUGAGAUUGAAUCCAUAACUUGGACCACCCCCACCUCCCAACUUUUGUACCUGAUUGGCUUUCUAAAUUUGGUCAGCAUCAAGAGUUCUAAAUGAAUUCAAGAGAGAAGAGCUGCUCCUGGUAUUGAUCGGUUGCUCCUGGUCCCUCUCCUCUUCAUCUUCAUGUCGACCAACUUGUGGUGGCUUCUUCCAAUUGCUCUCUUCUUCUAAUUACUUGCCCUCUUUUUAUGAUAACGCAAUCCCAUCAGCAGGAAAACAGAGUGCCCAUAGUUCGUCAAUUAUAUUAUCCACAAUGUGAAUUGAAAGGCGUUGGUACCGUUUGGGGAAGGGACUAUGAAGCAGCUGGAGAAUUCAUUAUUCAACGACCACAGUCAAUUAAUUGAACAUGCAACCCACUGAACAGUUACUUACAUCGAUGAGAUUGAGGGAUCGAUUGGAAUCGGCGAUGGCCGUGAAACUGAAACCUUGAAAUUCCCCUUCUCUUCCCCUGCCUCGCUGAUUCUAUGAUAUAUUCGAUGAUUGUUGCCAAAACUGUUGCGUCAAAGUAACGAGGCACGGAGCGGCAGAAGGAGUGGGUAGAAUGGAACGAUGACGCUUCGAUUCACCGGCUCCAAGGGAUCGACAAAAUCCAUAUUGAGCCCUAGGAAUCUUGCCGCUUCGUUGCGCUGGAGGUACUGCUGCGAUUGUCAAACAAUUGCCAUUAUCGAAUAAUCCAUCUACGGAACGCCGGGGCAGAGGGGGGAGAAUGAGAUGCCGGCGCUUCGAGGUGGGGAGAACAGGACGUCGACGCUUCAAUGGGAUCGACGGAGGGGCAGAAGGAAUGGGGUAAAGGGGAUGAAAAUCGAAAUGAAUUGCUUCUUAGAUCUUGGUGUCUGGCUUUCUCUGCUUGCUUCUUCCAGAUCCGAGAGAGUAGAACUUCAACCCUUCUCUGCUUAAUAUCACUUGAUUCCGCCGGGAAGCGAAACAACUUGCGUAGCCGCCAGUCAGUCUACGCGGGGAGACUAAAGUAAGAAACGGUGGGGAAAAGGGUCGUAGAAGACUUACGGUACACCCGACCACAGCCUACUGGACCCCUUAAGUAUGUUGCGGCUUUAUUAUACUAAUUGUUGUAACUAAUGGUUAAUUUAUUUAUUAGCCCAUAAACAAUUACAUAUAUAUAUAUAUAUAUAUAUAUUAGCCUUCAAAGCAUAUACGAAUAAUUUUAACUAGUCAUGCCCUCCAUAUAAAAGGAAACAAAUAGAGUAGCUCGGCCAGCCUCCAUGCCUUUCCAAAGGUGGGCAAUAUAUGACAUUAUAACAAUGAAACCGGCUGUAUCAUAUAAUUAAGUUCCUCCAAUGAAUAGUGAUAAGGGAGAUAAAAUCGUAAGGAACAGUGAAUAUAUUUAUGGUUUACUUACGAUUUAAUAAUAUUAAUAAUUAUCGUUGACGAGGAGUCGUCUCUUCAUGUUGUGGUCUCCAACUACCCCCACCAACUCUUUAUCAAAUCCAAUUUGGGGGAAAGCAGAAAAGGACAGUGACAUGAAAUAGUGAUAUGAAAAUUCCAUUGAAAUUACCAUCUACAUACAUACCUAAAACAAUCGGUUUAUUACCUCUCAACUCAUUUACUCAAGCAGACCAUCGAGCUAAAUCAGGUUGAUAAGCACGCUUAAAACAACCAGGUUGAUUAUUUUUGUUUUGUUUGACGUGAGAACUUGAAUGCAGAUGACAACGUCUUCCGUGGAAGUAAUAUAUGUACUGGUGCGAAGAUCAUCUUUCAACUCGGCCUUAUUUUGAUUUUUGAGGACGUGGCAUUGGCUUGUAGAUAUACUCAAUGUGGAAUAGCAAGUCUUCGUGUCAACUUUCAAUAAUCAUGAAAAUCUAGUUGUGAAUUAUUGGUACGACAAAUAGCCUGCAGAACAUUGUGUUCAUUGGAAGAUGUAGUUUUCAUGGUCCGUCAUUGGAUGAUGUGAAUUUGUGAUUAACAAACAAAUAUCGCAGCACCUUCUUGGCUCUUGCAGUCUUGCUCCAUCCCCACUACUUUGAACCUUCAAACCAAACACGGUCUUCUUCGUCCAAAAGCCUUCAUCUACUACACAACUCCUUGGUUGACUUUUCUUUCACAUUUCUACUUCCCGGCAACAGCAGAUCUGAAAAUGAAGAUCGACGGCGGUAGACGCGAUCGCGACGAAGACGGGGAUGAACUCGUUCUGAGCCGACCUGCCAAGCGGCAGACAACACUCGUUAGUGAAAUCAUCACCCGUGGUACUACUCUUUUCCAUCCCUCCAACCUCUUCCUGCGCUUCCUCCCCAGAUUCAUUCGCCCCAAUCUGUUCUACCCGCCGUGGCCGUCGUCGUCGCGGGACAUAGUUCCUCCUUCUCCUUCCUCCACUCCUUCUUCUUCGUCGCUUGUUCUGCCUGCGAAGCACGACGUCUUCAUCAGCUUCAGAGGAAAGGACGUUCGCGACGGCUUCCGGAGCCACCUCAACUCCUUCCUCAAACACCAGAAGAAAUUCGCUGUCUACGAAGACGAUUCAGAUCUGGAAAGAGGAGAGGAGAUCACUCCGUCGCUGUUGGAUGCGAUCGAGAGAUCCGCGUGCUACAUCGUGAUUUUCUCCCCCAAUUAUGCCGAUUCACCGUGGUGCCUGGACGAGCUCGUGAGGAUCUUUGACUGCGUUCAACGCUAUGGACGGCGGGUAGUUCCGGUGUUCUACGGGGGCGUGGAUCCUUCUCAUGUCGAAAAUCAAACUGGAAGCUUCCGGAAGCUCCCCAAGGGGGAGACGGUUGGCAAAAUUCGGAGUUGGAAAGCUGCGUUGAGUAACGCAGCCGCCAUUUCGGGCUUCGAUUCACGAGUUACCAGACCUGAAUCAAAACUAAUUGAGGAAAUUUAUAGAGCUGUGCUACAAGCUCUAUCCGCUCAAAUGGUACCGGCUUCAUAUUCCAAUGUGGGUUUGGUGGGAAUAGAGAGGAGGAUGAAUGACAUCGAACAGUGGGUAACUAGUGGGAGUGAAAAUUUGACUAUAGGACUGUGGGGGACCGGUGGCAUCGGGAAGACAACUCUUGCGAAGGCUUUCUAUAAUAGAUUUUUCAGUCAAUUCGAUGAUUUUUAUUUCUGGAGUGACUUCUCAGACCAAUUAAGUGCUUCAUCGCAUUUGCGUGAUGGCUUGCAGAAUGAUUUCUUCUCUAGAUUGUUGGGUGAUGAGAAUGCGGGGAGAAUAUCUCCGGAUUUGAAAGACUAUCGGCUUGGCCGUACGAGGGCUUUGGUUGUCAUCGAUGAUGUGGGCGAUGAAGUUGGAGACAUCAGACACUUGAACAAUUUGUUUAACGGACGAUAUUGUGACUUAUUUGCGCCGGGAAGUAUAAUUAUCCUGACAAGCAGGAACAAACAAGUGCUUAAGAACGUGUGUAGUUACGUUUAUGAAGUGGCGGCUCUUGAUCACCAUGAAGCUCUACUGUUAUUCUGCCUCAGUGCAUUCAAAGAGCAUUGUCCUCCAAUCGAGUAUGAGGAGUGGUCCAAGAGAGCUAUCACUUAUGCGGAGGGUAACCCCUUAGCUCUCAAUAUUUUAGGCUCACAUUUGUAUCGUAGGGACAAAAACUUUUGGCGUAUCGAGUUGAAAGCCUUGGAGCGUCACCCAAAUCAAGUGAUAAAGAUGAGAGUCUUUCGGAGGAUUUACGAUGGACUAGAUCCUGUAGAGGGAAAUGUAUUCCUUGAUAUUGCAUGUCUUUAUGGUCGAUCCCAUGUUUCUGUCAAGGAGUUGGAAAGACUAUUGGAUGGAAACUAUGUUGAACAUGGUGGGAGUGAAAACCUUAUUACUAAAUUUAUUGAAAAAUCUAUACUAACAAUUUUCGAUCAUGGUGCCAUGCGCAUGCAUGGGGUGCUGAGUGAUUUGGGCCGUAGCAUUGUCAAUGAAGAGCUCCGACUCGAAAAACGUUCAUGGGUGUUUGAAGCUCAAGACGUAUAUAGUUUCUUUAAACAAGGCAAGGGAAGUGAAGUCACCAGAGGUAUUCGUUGGGAUAUACCCAGUGGUGAGUUAGGGACAGAGGCAACAAUACACAUGCAAUCUGAUGCUUUUGUGAAGUUGGAAAAUCUUAGAUACCUUUUGAUAUUUCAAUCUGACACAAAAUUGGUUCUUUCUAAAGACGGUUUGAGAUGUCUACCGAAUUCAUUGGUAAUUCUUAAUUGGGUCUCAUUCCCAAUGAAAUGUUUACCAUAUGAAUUUUGUCCGGAGAAUCUUACGACAUUGUCUUUGCCUUCAAGCAAUGUAGAACGACUUUGGGACGACAUGCAGAAUGUGGAUUUAAGAAAUUUGAAGUUACUUGAUCUAAGAAAAUCCAAAUACUUGAAGAAGUUGCCUGAUCUAUCUACGGCUAAAAGACUGGAAACAAUCGAUCUUAGUUUCUGUGUGGGCUUAGUGGAGCUUCCUCUAUCGAUUUUGCAUCUGCCCAAACUGGAAGACCUCAAUUUAAGAGACUGUACCAGCUUGGAGUUGAAUGCAUUGGGAUAUUACACAGAUGUCAACAAGAACGAUGAUAGGGCUACUGCUGCCAUUUUUCCAAAACUAGAACGAUUGAACCUAAGGGGGACAUCAAUUCAAAACCAGAAGUUGGAGGAGCUGGAGAAGUUAACGGGGUGUGGCGAAAUUUCGGCCAAUGAUCAAGAGCUUGUUCAUUUAUGUGAUCUAAUUUUUCAGUCGAAAGCUCUUGUUGAGAUCGAUUUAUCUAACUGCAUCCGGCUGAAGGAACUUCCAGAAAUCUUGGUGCCCAUGGAAGCUUUAUCACGUCUUCAUCUAGAUGGGUGCACCAAUCUAUCACGACUUCCAGAUAGCAUUUCCAAUCUGGUACAACUGAAAGAGCUUAGGCUGUCUCGUACAGCAAUCCAAGAGCUGCCAGCCACCAUUGGAGAUCUGGCAUGCUUGGAAGAACUGACACUCAAUGAUUGCACAAGUCUCAAACACCUCUGCGGCACCAUUCACAAGCUAUCCAAAUUGUACAGCCUCGAGUUGUCUGGUUGCAAUCAACUCAGUCACUUACCGGAGCUUCCUUCAUCCUUGACAGAGUUGGAAGCAUGUGGCUGCACCGCACUUCAAACCAUGUCAACUAGCGGUUUGAGUAAACAUAACUUCUUGAUGUGUAAAUGGAAUUUUGGAAACUGUGGAAAGCUGGAUUCAGAUGUGUGCAGCAUGCUUUUCAAGAAGUUCACUCAAGAUGCCUUGGGUACGCGUACGAAAAGAAAUUAUCAUCGAUGGCUCUUACUUCCAAGAGGUUGGAAUAGUCGUGAUGGAUGGAGGCCUUCUGGGCUUAAUUCAGUGGUGACAGCCACACUUGGUCGCCUUUGGCAGUUGAAGGGACUAAUAUAUUGUGCUUCAUUCCAUACCGAAGUUGUCCAUCAACCUAUCCUUAGUUCCUCAAGUGCUAUAUUCAGAGUUGGCUGUCACAAUUUGUCUAGCACUGGCAGGGGGGAUGUCAUAACUGCGAGUUCUUGCGAGUCAGUUCCAAUAUAUUGGAAUAACCUUGAUUCAGAAGAUGACCGGGGAAGUAACCUAAUAAUAUGGUAUGAUUCUGAGGUUAGCUGGAUAAGGGAGGUUUUAGUACCUCUGGAUUCUUCUUCCGCAGGUCUGGAGAUCACAGUUACAGAUGAUGCUACUAUUAAGUUCGUCUUUCAGGCCAUGCGCCGUGUCAGUCUCAAGGGAGGUGGUUAUGCUGAUGUACCAAUCAUUGUGGAGACUUGUGGGGUAAUACCGGUUUACGACAACAGGGAGAUAAUAAUAAUAGAUGAUGACGACAGUUGAUCUCCAGAGAGCCUCCACGAGACAAUAUUGUUACAGAUCACAGGGAAGAUGAAUUGAUGAAAGGAAAUUUUUAUGCCGGUAUACGAUUUGGUUGUUCUUUUCUUGUUCUAGUCCUCCUGUGUUGUAAUGAACUCAAUUCUAUCGCGCUUCACCGGCAGUUAUAAGUACUGGUUGAUCGAGCUUACCUUGUUCUCGCUACUGCCAAAACCAGUUGCUUUGGUUCCAACUUCAAAUUUCUCCUUUUAAGUAUUCAGGUAACACAAAUCAGAAUAUUUCAUCAUCAGUAAGCCGUGCAAUUAUGUCAAAGCCGCACUUGCUUGGUCUGGAAAUGUGACUAUGUGAGUAUUAGUCAUUCCGGUUUUGGGUUAUAAAAACCUCAACCCAUUCUUUAUUUUUCGGGUAGGUUCGGAUCGGGUCAACGGGUCGGGCUCUCAUUUGCCAGGUAUACUUACAAGCUUGAAGACCAGGCCCAUUGCUGAUUGGGCUCAUGAUACUUUCCAUAUCCAACCCCAACAUAAGCCAGCUCGGGUGCUUUAUUGGAGAAUCUGUCUGAUGGAUCAGACUCAGAGUGGUUGGACAUUUGGACUCGGGUUCGUUUGACUUGCAGUGGAACGGGAUGGGAGGAACGAGUACCUCAAUAUCCAAUGUUAUGAUUCUCUCAAGAGAGUGCGACUAGAACUCAUAAAACGAUGAGUUAGACUUACACAUGAUGAUAACCCAAUCAAUAGAUUGGAGAUCUCAAAAAUGAAUUCAAUUGUUACUGACAAGUUGUGUCUAAUACAAGUACAUCAUGCAUUGUGAAAUACAAAUUUUUGAAUUCCUAUUAAUGAGAUAUAUACUCCAUACAGAGUAAAAUGCAUUGUUUUGCAGGAGUACUUCCGACAAAGGACGAGAGCAUUUCCUUAUUCUCAUCUUUCAUUUAUUUAUCGAUUCAGUCCUGAACCGAUCCGUUCCAAUUCUGAAUCAGAUAGACCAUGCUUUUAAUAAUAAUGCAUAAUAUUC